AGACCACACUUGACUGUACAUUCAAUUAAAGUUUGGCAACGUAAUUGAAUUUACUUAAAGCAACUUUUGAAACGUGUUUGAAGUGAAAAUGACGAUUUUUUUCUAUACGCUUCUUUUUACAAUGAUCCUAAAUGAGUGUAAUGGUGCUCCCAACUUCAUUUCAAAAUUAUUUCGACCAAAAUCAACAGGAGAUAUCAAUACGGAAAACUAUGACGGAGAUCCAAUUGUAAUCUCUUGCUUUACCGAGCGAACCCAACGCGAACUUUAUCAGGUUGAAAUUAAUGGAACUUGGCCAGUGUCUUUACUUCAACGAUUGGAUAACGGAAAUUUCUUAUCUUUAAUUUUCCAUGGGGCUGCAAAUGAAAUCACAAAAAAAGCUGGACUUAUGUUUUGGUUUGCCAGAGAUUAUUUCAAAGCAUCCGGCAACAACAUUUGUAUUAUUACGUACGCUUAUACAACAGAACCUUCGGUGGGGUGUAGUAAAGCAGUGAGCAAUUUGAAUAAAAUGGUAACAUCAAAACGACUUGAUUAUGUCGCUAGAUUGAGUGCUGAUUUGAUCAUAGGCAUUCAAGACAUAUGUUGGAAUGAUGAGGACGGUGGUAGAUGCCUUAAUAUACACGAAGUGGACAUAAUCGGUUUUAGUUUUGGUGCUCAUGUUGCUGGACGAACUUGUGAAUACAUCAGCGAGAAAACGAAAGGCGAAAAAGUUCGAUUGUUAUUAGCUUUGGAUCCAUCAAAAACGCCUCUCUUAAUGGCCAAACCAAAGAGUACCAUCAAAAGAGGAGUCGCUCAUUUGGUUCAAGUCAUUCACACAUCGAUUAUUGGUAUAACUCAGCAAAUCGGUGACAUUGACAUUUAUGUAACAAAAUCCAAAUUGGGCAUAGCCGUUUCUUUGGAACAUGGAUUAGAUUUUUUCGUUUUUCUUGCAACGGCCACAAAAAAACUUUAUCUACUGGCUGAAAAAAAUGGUAAUGGAACAAUGAUACGACAAGGGGAACCAUUUCGAGAACCUGGCCCAAAAGAGUGUGUUGUCGGGGUGUAUAGCAAUCCGAAUCCAAAUCAAUAUGGAAAAAUGUUUGAAAUUUCAUUAGUGAAUCGAACCAAAACGUUUAAAGAAGCACUUGGCAUGUAUUAUAACGAAGAUAUCUUCUUUGAAUAAGCUUUUGUAUCGAUCAACCUUUUAUAUUUAAUAUUAAGUUAAUAACAAUUUACACUUGAAUAAAUAUUUUGAAGCUAUAUUUCUUAAAAAAAUUA